AUGGCAGCUGUUAUUCAGGAUCCUUCUCGCCAGAUUACGAAGCCGGAACUAGUAUUCAAAAUCGACGGACUCUCUUGUGGCGUAAAUGAUGCGAUCUUUAUUCCUGGUAGAGACUCUAUCGUCACAGGAUCAGAGGAUCGCACUUUGAGGAUUUGGGUCAGGAGAGAUACUGGGAAGUUCUGGCCAACAGUUAUCGAGCUGCUACCCAGUCCCAUUACCUGUAUCACGUAUUCUGCCGAAUUACACAGAUUAUUCGUUGGUUUGGAGAAUGGGACGGUUGUAGAAUAUGACGUUGCUGAAGAUUUGAAUCAUAUUGAACACAAAAGAGACUAUCUCUCUCAUACUGCUAGGACAACUGGAAUUGUUUGCACCCCAGAUAUGGGUUGGGUUGUAUCUGCUUCAAAAGAUUGUACUGUCGCAUGGUAUUCGACCAAUAGUGGUAGACGUAUAUGUGAACAUAAUUUAGAGCACUCAGCCACUUGUUUGGAAUAUGAUGUUGGCUCACACUACGUGUUUGUUGGUGAUAGCAGCGGUCGCAUUACUUUACUGAGCAUUAAUCAAGUCAAUAGUCAAGUAAUGUGUCGUGUAAUUCGUGAACUCCGUGGUCAUGAGCAGUCAGUAUCCUUUCUGGCUUGGGAUAGUGUAAAUUCUCGUCUAUUUUCUUGCAGUGCCGACCGUUCUGUUAUCUUCUGGGAUAUUGGUGGAGCUAAAGGUUCAUCUUUUGAGUUGCAAGGACAUUCCAAAGAAGUAUCGUCAAUAUGUUGGUGGAGUAUGGGUGCCUCUUCUGCAAACGUCAAGGACAGUAAGUACAAGGGACUACUUAUAUCCGGUGGUCUUGAUGGUUAUCUGAUUUUCUGGUUUAUGGACCCUUCACGCAUAGAAAGUCCUAACUGGUCAGAAUCAGAUAUCUGUCAUAUCUGUAGCGGGCCAUUUUUCUGGAAUGUCCGUAAAAUGUGGAACAACAUGUCGGUUGGUGUGCGUCAGCAUCACUGUCGUAGAUGUGGUCAUGCUGUUUGUGACAAAUGUUCUCCUUAUCGGUCUAAUCUACCGUGUAUGGGUUUUGAAAAAGAUGUUCGUAUAUGCAAUCAAUGCUUUCCUUUAAUAACUGAUUCAGACCGCAGGAGUUUGGCUAUUUCGUUUGACGCUCGCCAUCCUGUUACAUGUAUUCGUGUAGAGGAAUCCUUGAACUUACUUCUAACGGUUGGGAAAGAUCGGAUUAUCAAGGUGUGGGAUAUCAAGGCUUUUUCAUCAAAUCCACAUUCAUAAACUGUAUACACUACAAAUGCUAUUUUAUGUGAUUUAUUUGGUAGGAUUAUUUCCCGCCUUUCAUGGUGCAUACACCAGUGAUUUUGAGACACUUUAUUCAUCUUUAUGUUCUACGAAAUUGAAAUUGUCUAAAAAUGAUCUCUGAUAACUUUGAAUAAGAUAUAUAGGCAUACAUUCUAUAAUAUAUUUACGUUUCCUCAUAAAUUUAC